CUGGUGGUAGUCAUAGCGCCGUGGGUUUCUGACUAUAACGGAUGAUGGCGAAUACAACUCCAAUACUAGCAAUAUUUUUGCUGUGCUACGCAACACUGGCACAAGGAAAGCCCGGAUAUGGACCCGGGGAACAGGAUUGGGGCUAUGUGGAUGUACGUCCUGGCGCCCACAUGUUCUAUUGGCUCUACUACACCACAGCCAAUGUCACCAGCUAUACGGAUCGGCCCUUGGCCAUUUGGUUGCAGGGCGGUCCAGGUGCUUCAUCCACAGGCUAUGGUAACUUUGAGGAGCUGGGUCCUGUUGAUUUAUAUGGCGACUAUCGCGAGUGGACAUGGGUAAAGGACAUGAAUGUGCUCUUCAUUGAUAAUCCUGUGGGAAGUGGCUUCAGUUAUGUGGACAAUACGGCUUACUAUACGGCUACAAACAACGAAAUUGCUUUGGAUCUGGUUGAGCUAAUGAAGGGUUUCUAUGCCUUACAUCCGGAAUUCGAGACUGUGCCGUUGCAUAUUUUCUGCGAAAGCUACGGCGGAAAGAUGGCUCCGGAGUUCGCUCUAGAGCUCUACUAUGCAAAGCAACGAGGAGAGAUUAAGAGCAAUUUGCUGUCUGUGGCUCUGGGGGAUCCCUGGACUUCGCCAAUUGAUUCGGUAUUAGCAUGGGGUCCAUUUCUGCUCGAAAUGGGCAUCGUGGAUCAUGAUGGCUACAAUGCCAUCAUGGAGGCGGCCAACUUUACGGCCGAACUAGUGGACAACGAGCGUUGGAUACAAUCUACUGCACAGUGGGGCAACACGCAAUGGGAGGUGAUGAAAGCCUCAAAGGGCGUUGAUUUCUAUAAUGUGCUAAAGGAGACUCGUGGCGAUCGCUAUCAGCGGGGGAUGUUGCAGACACCCUCAGAGCGCAUGUAUCGCACCAUGGUAAAGUUUGACAUCGAUGAAGAUCGUGAUGAGCUGCUAGAGAAUCUUAUGCGCGGACCUGUAGCUGAAACUCUGGGCAUACCCUCUAAUGUUAAAUGGGGUUCACAGAGUGGCACCACCUUUGACAUACAUAAAACUGAUUUUAUGAAGCCCGUUAUACAUAUAGUUAAUGAACUGCUGGACAAUACUUCCUUGAAAGUGGGCGUCUUUUCGGGUGGCUUGGAUCUGAUCUGCGCCACACCUGGCACAGUUAACUGGAUAGACAAGUUGAACUGGAGUAGAAGAGAAGAGUACCUGACGGCUCCUCGUGUUGCAAUCAGCGUGGAUCGUAUUUUGGAAGGCUAUCAGAAGUCGGGAGGAAACUUUACCAUGUAUUGGAUAAAUAGGUCGGGUCAUAUGGCGCCUGCGGACAACCCCGCCGCCAUGAGCCAUGUCUUGCGCCAGUUCACAGGCUUUGGAUAGAGUUUCCAGUCGUGUAGAUAGAAUCAAAUAA